CUCUAAAAUAGAUAUUUAAUAACAAGCAAAUCUUUUGACGCCUACUCACUGUAAUUUUGAUAUAUUUAUUUCGGAAACAUUAUAAAUAGGGCAAGAUAACCGCUUUGUUAUCAAAUCUAGUCUUCUUUCAUAUCAAGAUGUUCAAUCCAACUAGAAUCUUCCUGUUGCUUACAAUUUACUGUAGGACAGUCUACGUGUUCGACUUAUUUGCCCCCACUGGCUGCAAAAACGCUGACCUUACCGUAAUUUUGAAAAAUCCUUCAAACAGUCCAAUAAAAGGACAGUGCAAGAAUAGCAACCAAGGAAGGAAGUACCACUCGUUCACGAAUAUACCAUAUGCAGAACCGCCUUUAAGAGAAAGAAGAUUUCAGCCCCCUGAACCUGUACACCCUUGGAAAAAAACCUUUGAUGCUACGAAAACAAAUAAAGUUUGCUUGCAAGAUCCAAUACUACAGGGUGCUGGUUACAUUUUUGGUACUGAGGACUGUUUGGUUCUGAACGUUUAUACUCCUCGGAUAUCAAACGAUGCAUCAAAAUUACUUCCAGUCUUAUUCUGGAUUCAUGGAGGUGCUUAUGUAUCGGGAUCUGGAGUACAAAUGGCUGGGUUCGGAUUUUUCGACCAUCAUGAUCCUGGAUUCUUCAUGGACGAAGAAAUUGUUGUAGUUACUAUGAACUAUCGAUUAGGAGCUCUAGGUUUUUUGACAACAGAAGAUGACACCAUACCAGCCAAUAUAGGUCUUAGAGACCAGAAUUUUGCAUUAAAAUGGGUUAUAGACAACAUUGAAAUGUUUGGUGGUGAUCCCAAGGAUAUUGUCAUUUCAGGAGAAAGUUCAGGAGCCGCCAGCACAUGUUUCCAACUGCUAUCUAAUGGAAAAGAAAUGGAGUCAGUAACUGGUGCCAUAAUGAUCAGUGGCACAUGUCUGUCUCCUUGGACGAUCAAUAUGGAUGCCAGGAAAAAAGCAUUCGACCUUGGAAGAAGAUUAGGACUAGAUUCUUCUAAUAAUAGCUCAAGAAGUCUCUUGAAAAAGCUGCAGAGUGUGCCGGCUAAAGACCUUAUGCGUAGAGGAGGGUUGCACUAUCAGGUUGACCAAACCGAAUACGAGAGCAUUCAAAUCGAUUAUUCACCGGUUUUGGCGAAAGACACGUUUCCAAAAGAACCAAUGGGCGAUGCUAUAAGCCAGGGACGUUUCCACAAAGUUCCACUUCUGUUUGGCGUUAAUUCGGAGGAAUGUCUUUUGCCAAUGUUUGUGGGAUUUGUACCUCAGAUUAAAAGAAAAGCCAAAAUGUGGGAUGAAGAGCCUUCAAAAAUGAUACAAGUAAACGUGAACGUGGAUGACAGGCUUAAGGCUGCUGAAGAUAUGAAGCCAUUGUAUACGAAUAAAAGUUUUUCUGACGAUAUAGCAGCGGUAGUAAAGUUUUCAACCGACGAUUUCUUUGUGCUUCCCGCAGCGAAGCAUGCAGAGAGUGCUUCGAAAAAUGGCGUCCCGGUCUACAUGUAUCAGUUAGCCUAUCACUAUAUACCACAUUUUGUACCAGGUGUAGAAGGGCUUGCCCACACAGAAGACUUGUUGUUCUACUGGGAUACAACUAUAACUAAGGCAAACAACUUGCUAAUUCCACACCACAAACUAAUCUCGGAGAGAAUGGUGAAAAUAUUGAGUAAUUUUGUAAAAUACAAGUAAGUAGCAAGUUAAACUCGGCUUUCACUAUUUAGAGACCACAUACAAGUAGCGUGAUGGACCAAACGAAUUCAGACCAGGUAGAUGGAGCAAGUCUAGGAUUUGUUUUUCUCCUCAGUCUCAUAGUCUGUAGUUAGGAUUAAAGUUCAACUACACGUCGACCAGGCUCAAGCUGCCAGUUUGACUGUUAUUGGCAUUUCACAUGAAAUUCGCAUUUUUCUGUGAAAACAUAUGAAUUUUCCUGGGUUACAUACAGUCCUAGUAUUUCAGACAAUAGUGGAAAAUAGUAAAGAUUUCUGUGAAAUGCAAAAGCCGCUUAAACAGAAUUAUCGAUCGAUAAGUGUCAGCGUAUAUAAUCAUAGGCGUUGCUGGACGAUUUUGAGAUAAUUUUGAUUUAUCUCAAUCUGCUUCCUGUUUCAUUGAGUGCUCAGUCUAAAUUAUAAGUAUUGUAUAUGCAUACAACAACAUUGAAAAAUUAAAAGUAUUUGGAGCAAACUAAAUUUCUUGAAGGACACUGAAAGGUCCAACUGAAACAUCAUCUUUGAGUCUUAUCCCCUUCAAUUUUGAAUUUAAAGGUUCCUGAAAAGGUCUUCACCUUCACGUUUCAAAUAGUAAUUUUACGUUCUCCUUUUAUUGCCACGAGUUUCUAGUGAGGCAGAUCAGUACGUAUAAAUAUUUUCUUUCGUUUUUUGCCCUAUUUAAUUUAUCCAUGUUCAAUAACAAUAACUGAGUGAUUCACAUCGCAACAAAGAUAUCUAGUACUUAAAUACCCCGCCAGAGAUAAAGAUGUAGCCUUGUCACUUUGAUAGGUAAUGGUAGACAAAUGAGCCAAAGGUAUGCACCGAAACUACCCAAUUUUGGCGACUAACAAUGCAACGUAAACAAAUGUCUGAGUCUUUAUAUAGACGAAACACUUUAUAGGGAAACACACAUACAGUAUGUGGCUAGUAAGCUUAACUCUGUUUACUUUGCAUUAAGAAGCCUACGAGGACUAGUCGUAGGUGUCUCCCAAAUACUUAUUUUGCAAUGGCAUACUAUUACAUGAGAUAUUUGAUUAUAUAUUGGGGCAUUUCUUGUAGCAUAUAGAAAAUAUUCAUUCUGCAAAAGAUGUUGAUUAACGUAGUCUUUGAUCUCAAUCCAAUGGACAGCUGUUGACCACUAUUUGAGCAAAAUAAAAUUUUAACGCUGCCAUCAAUACUAAUUGUUAAAGAAAACACAGCGCAGUGAUAAACACGCCUACAAUACAUACAUAAUAACCAAAGUCGCACUCAAAAUUUCAAUCUCAGAGCUAAUAGUAAAAAGAAUCUGAUGUAUUUAUGUAAUACUGUUUAUAAUGAACUUUAGACAUUAAGCAUUUUACCAGCUUAACUUUGUGUAAAAAUAAACUUGGCUAUCUUUUGCUAAAUAGGGCAUGUUAUAGUACAAAUGAAUUUUUAUGCGAAUAACCUUCUAUCAUUAUGUGUGUUCCUAUAUCCCGAAUUUCUCAUGUCAUGUGUUAGUCAUUGAAUUCUUCUAUAAACUUAGCUACUUCUAGCUCACCUGAAUCAGAAUUUGUACAGCUAUGUCUCGUCUCUCUGGUCGAGUUAGAAGUCUUCUUUUAAAAGGUUAAUAUUUGAUAAAUGGCUCAGUAGCCAGCUAUGUUGGCAUAUCUCGCAUCAUAAAGAGAAAACGAAAUAAAUAGAAUCAAGUGGUAGCUAUUUUUGAGGUUUAUAUUACUGAGAAGUAUGCUCUUUCCAGAAAACCGAUUAUCAGGAAGGAAAAGCUUUUCGAAGACCUGGAAUGGCCUGAAUUUGAUGGCAAGGACCUGCAGUUUAUGUCGAUAAAUACACAUUUAACAUUGGAAUCCGAUCCAAGGAACUAUUCUGUGAAACGUACAGUAUUGGAGAGACAUCUGAAAGGACCAAUAUUAGUUUUUUGAUAUAGAAUUACAUGUUUUUAAUAACGCCAGCCAUGUCAUAGGAAAACAACAAUAAAAAAUCAAAAAAACUGAACAAGUACCUUAUCACAGGAAUACAGUCGAGAUCAGUAGUAAUCUCCAUAUUAGCGAAAAGUGAAGCACUCGGUGCCUUUGUGGAAUAUUUGAAACCAAGAAUCCACUGCGUGGUUGCCAGUUGUUCCAAUUUAACACCAAAGGAGGAUUUCACAAAUUGUACUUUCCACUCAGCCUAGGUAAUAAAGUAAUAUAACAUGUAACAAAACAUGCA